AUGCUGGGUUCUCUGGACGCCCACCGCGCCGUGCUGCCCUCCCAGAGACCACCCUCGCCACCCUCUCACCCUCACUCCCACCAGCCCAUGCCCGAUUAUGUCCAUCACGACACCGUCGGGCCGUCCCCUUACGAGGACGUCAGCAACAGCAACAACACCAGCAGCAGUAACAGCAACACCAGGGGCGACUAUCUCGCCCGCGUCGGCGGCAGGGAGCCCCUGCAGGAGUCGACGGGCAACGUCCAGCACCACCAACACCACCACUAUCCCUACGGCCAGCGCGCCCUGCCCUCCCUGUCAGCAGCCUCGUCCGCCUCGUGCACCCCGGUCCUGAGCCACACCCUGUCCGCAAUCCCCGCGCCCCCGAUCCUGCCGACGCAGGCGCUCGGGUCCACGGGCGUGGUGGUGCCGUCGUCGUCCACUGCGUCACAACAACAGCAGGACCAGCACCACCAAGGCAGCGGCAACGGUGUCGUUGGUGGCGGGUCCGCCGCGCUGGCGGCGGCAGCAGCCGCGGCCGCGGCCAGCGGGACGUCCGCGCUCAGGCUCCGGCGGCACCAGCUCAGCCUGCAGCGGCAGAGCCGGCACAGCAAGAACCCCAUCUACCUGUCGCACGAGUUCUGCCAGUACCGCGUCAAGCAGAAGGACAAGGACCAGCAGAAGUGGCCGGACAUCCUCGAGGAUGCCUUUCUUGACGCCCUGCUCCUGAUAGUCCACAUGGGCCGGCGCAAGUACCACAUGCACGGCAAGCAGCACGGGCGCAACAUGCUUAUCUGCGAGUACAUCUGGAUCGCGUGGAAGCAGCAGACCCUCCCCCCCGGCGCCCCGGCCCCGCCCCAGUACACCAUGCAGGAGGUCAAGCCCUGCCAGUGCAAGCCGCCCAAGAAGCCGCACCGCGACGACGAGCAGUGCUGGGUCAAGGUCAAGCACGACUGGUACCGCGAGCGCAAGCAGGUCUCGAGCCACAUCCAGGUCAUCAAGAACUUCUUCCGGUUCCACCCGGCGUACCACUUCUUCUUCUCCAAGGGCUCCGAGGAGAGCGGCAAGGACAAGAAAAAGUCCAGCCCGGGGCGGUGGUACAAGGAGAACACGGACCAGAAGUCGUUCAAGGACGACCCGGUGCUCAACGCGCUCAAGGAGGACCGGCUUCCCGACGUGCGGCCCAACUACGAGUACUUCGGGCAGCUGCUCAACAUGAACCACCACGUGCAGGUCAGCCCGUCCAUGUGCUGGCUGUACCUGUCCAACGACCUGAUCCGGGACCAGUCGUCGACCGAGACGCGCUUCUACACGGACGAGGACGGCGUCAAGCGCGAGGAGGAGGUCAUCAAGGUCAAGACGUACCACCCGGAGCAAGGCUUGCUGCCGCACUGGGACUUCCCGCACCGGUACGAGUUCACGAGCGGGCGCAAGGAGUGGGCCGCCCGCGACAAGGAGGACCGCAGCAUCCGCCAGACGUUCCUGCACGAGUACAACUGGGACAUGAAGCAGACCGAGUCGAGCUCCGUGCGCGAGGUGUGCGACGAGUGGGAGGUCGACCACCCGGAGCUGCACGCCAGCCUGCAGAGCGUCAUCGAGCACCACGACCUGCAGAACGCCCACCUGCACUCGGCCAGCCAGUGCGACAUCAUCCACAUGGACCUGACCCUCGACAUCCACGGCAUCACCAAGCUGACCAAGCUGCCCAAGGGGAGUGCCUUCCGGCCCCUCGUCAAGAUCACCGUCGCCCAGCAGGGCCUGCAGAACCACCACUGGUGCGUGCGCACGCGGCUGGAGCGGCCCUCGGAGCUUUGCUCCAACGGCAGGGGGACGACCUUCAAGGACGACCUGGAGAUGGGGGAGCGCCGGAGGGGUAAUGUGUGGUCAGUUCCGUUCCCCGAGGUCCAGUGGGCCGAGGCAUUAGACCUGUGCGCGACCUAUCCACGGUAUUUCCUGCCGAAAGAGAAGAAGGCCUCGAGCGGAGGGGCGAAGAAGGACGAGGAUGAUACCAAGGAGGAGGAUGUCGUCACGCAGAUGGACCUGAUGAAGGCCACCGCCAUGUUCCAGGAACUGUGGUCCAGCCCGCCUGCGCCGCCUGGUGCGCCAGACCAGCUGAACUGGACGCGGCGUGCCGUGAUCCUCUGGACCUUCAACACGAUACACUUCUUUGACAAGGAGAAGAAGCUGUGCACGACGCCUGCCGGCACGAACUGGCGAUUUUUGACUGCCGUGGACCCCCUUUCGCCGAUGCAUCAGGAGAGGAUGCUCCUAAGUGGCAGCGCCGCUCAGAGAGGUGAUCGGGUAGUCAUGUCGCCGCCGCCCACGUACCAGCAGAUGCUUAACGCACAGAUGGCUGAGAACUUCAGCUCGGCCUGGACUGGUGGCAAUGUUCACUUGAACAUCCCGCAGGGCGGGACCCAGUCCAACCCUUCAUCGAUGCCCGUUUCUCCUAUGCCCUCAUACGGGCCUUCAAACCUGAGUCUCCAUGGGAAUUUCACCAAUGGCCUCGUCACCCCUCCGCCAUCCGCAGCACUCACAUCGUCAUAUGUAGCUGGUUUUGACGGCUCCUCGGGCAUCGGCGUGCACUCCCAGGACCUAGGAGGCCAGGCCUUGGGGUACAUGCCAACCACGACCUCGACCAAUACCGAGGCGAGCUUCAUGACAAGCGGGUCCUUCUCAACGGAGCCCUACAUCCCUUACAACACAGGCAACAGCAGCUUCUACGAGGAGCCAGAGGACGACGAGAGCGACACCACUCUCCCCGGGUGCGAAACCACCGACCUGUCCGGCCUGGCUCCACAGCAAUGGUCCAACAUGAAUAACACUGCUCACGCUGGCAACAAUGCGCUGACUCUUGACUGGAACCACCCGGACCUCACCAGCGGGCUGUCGAUGACAGUCAACGACGAGACGGGCCUGGGCGGUGAAGCGGGGACAAAUCCUCUCGAUGAUAGCGCGCGGCAAAUGCAGCACCCGUACGAUGCCUGCGCGCAAGUGGUGCGUUCCGAGGCGGGGAGGCAGAGCAGAGCGCAGUCCAGCGACCAAUACCUGGCCGGGCUGCAGCGGAUGCAGGGCAACCUCGACAGCAGGGACCGGCUUGAGCAGCACAGGCCUAAUGUCCCCGCUCACGACGACGACAUCUGGAACACGGCCGCGUCGACGCCCAACAACUGCGACGGGGGUCCGAUCGGCGGGGUUCAAGACGCCUCGGCGCAGUUCAGCCAGUCGACGACCGGAUGGGACGACAGCUUCGGCCAGUUCCACUCUCAACAGUCUCAGCAGCCGCAACAGCAUCGCCAUCAUAAUGACGGGCUAUCCCGGCCGGCCCCGGAGUAUCUGGGCGGGUCCAGCACCAGCGGCCUCAGCCCGCUGGUCAGCCGCAAACGCUCCAGGGAGGAGGCAGAAGGCGAUGAUGCGUACUCGCUGGGUUCGAUGGCAGGCUACGUACCCUCAGGGCACAAGAACCUCCGUUACCGCCUUGCUUAA